AUGACUUCUUACGGUGUUACGACUUGUAUUAAUGAAGUUUCUUUACAGCCUUUAGAUAAUCUGUCGAUGGUUGCUUUACCUGACCCUAAUCUAUUCUUUGCUCUAUUUUUACCCAAUUACGGUCUUCCAUGUACUGAUUUACCCUCACCGACUUUUCAAAGUCAUGAUCUAAUACCACAACUCGAAACGCCUAAAAAUUUUCCAACCUGGUUAUCGGAACCUUUUCCUUUCGUAGAAAAUCAAGUUUGUUUUCCUCAAAAAGAGCAUAUUUGUGACAUGAUUUGGGUAGGAACAAUUCCUUUAUCCUUGAUGAAAAACAAUUGGUCAUUACCAGUUCCUCCUUUUGAUUAUCCACCAUGUAACGGGCACACUUCAGUCUUUGUGAAAUUCAUCGACUUACUUUGUCUAGAGAAUGUUCAUAGUUAUAUUGCUAUGCAUAGAACAGUUCCUUUCAUGGAUGCGACACCAGAAGAAUUACGUAUAGCUAUAAUUUUCUAUUUAACAGCUUUACUUCCUCAAGAAGUUUUUCAAUUUUAUAAAUGGCCUGCUCAUGGAUUUGAACAUCUUACAAAAAUUUAUGCUGAAUUACCAUUCGAGUUUUUAAAAUCAGCAUUGGAAGCACAAACAUUUCCUUUUGAAGCUCCAAUUGAUCGUUUUCAAUUUGCCAAGAAAGUAUUAGCACUUAGAAAAACAAAUGCUAAAUUAUAUGGUUGUGGAAAUAUGAACUCUUCAGUUCGUGAUGUUUUAUGUGAAACUGUUUAUUUAGCAUUUGGUGAUGAUUUAAGUGGAUCAGGAAUCUUAGUUGCCACCAGUUCUCCUUUAAAGAAAGUCACCGAUGAACAUUCUCCUUCCAAAAUGGUGUAA